GAGAUGGAUCUGGAACACGAAGCUGAGAGAAGGUUCAUCUGCGAAUAUCUUAAUUUAUUGAAGCCCCUAAAACCAGAAGUAGAUGUCUCAACAGCUACUCAUAUUCUCCUGACUGGUAAUCCAGACUUUGCAGGUUUAUCCAGAUAUAUUCUUCCUGCCUACCUUCUCGACUUCGGUCCUGUAGUGCUGGGCAAAGUCGCCUGUCGUCGAGUCCACGUUCGCAAUCCUAACUCUUGGCCUAUUGGGUUCGCUUUCGAUCGAAUUAGCCUCACCAAAGCUUCACGGUUUGGCUUUAAUUUGUCCUCGCCUAUAAGACACGAGAAUCUGUUAAGUCAAGGUGCAACGACCCUCGACUUUGUGUUCGACCCAAGUGCUGCCAAAUUGGAUCCGGGCCACUUCUCUUUCCGACUGAUGGCAAAGAUUAAUAAUGGGCCCCAAGUUCCACUAAUUCUAACAGGUGAAGCCGUUAUGCCGCAGCUAAUUGUCAGUCAAGAAUGUGUGAAUUUCGGUACCCUCCAUCUAGGCCAGGCUCGUCUCAUUACUAUCCAACUGUCCAACCCAUGCCGUAUUAGAGUCGCCUGGGCCGAUGUAACUGGCCAACCUCUUGCCACUAAAGUCCUGAAUACAAACGCCAUAGUCGGCCAAAAUGUGUUAUCCUCCAGCCUGAGAGGUCAUCGCAGAUAUUCAGCCUGGGAAAAUAGACAAGCCGGCGGCAAAAGGAUCGGAGGUGCGAGGGCUCUCCCUCCGAAUUUUGAGAUUGUUCCCAUUUCAGGGAGCCUAGACCCUGGAGAGAAACGCAACAUACAGAUCAAAUUUGUGCCAAGUGAAGGGCGCAUCUACUCAGAACGUCUCUUUAUACAGCCAUUACAGAGUGUGCAUCGCAUCUGCCUCUCCUGCCAAGGUGAGGGCUUGGAACCACGUCUUGACUUCAGUCUUGGCAUGAUUGAGUUUCGACCGGUGCUGCCCGAGUGCAUUGGAGAUGAGAGAAAUGUUAUAGUCACAAAUCCAUGUAGCUUCCCCAUUGAGUUCUAUAGCUCGGAUUUUGAUCCAAUCUACAAAGAAGAGGAUGAGAUUCUCCGCCAUAUUGGGAGCGAGGUUUAUGACCAAUAUGGUCACAUUCUGCUGCCUCCAAGAGAACCAGGAAAGCCACUUCCACCAGACUUUAUCACCUGGUACAGAGCAUGCGAGGCGGUACGCAGGCAGUCCGGCCAGGUUUCGGGAGCUGGUGCCGCUGUCACUGGAAGUCGGCAGUCACAUAUUUGCCAGAAUUUGCCCGAAGAAGAUGAGGAAGAGGGGAAUGUAGCGGUUACGGACGCAGAAGCUGGGGCCAGCAGUCUUGUUGAGACGAAGAACACUCUCGAGGAAAAAAAGAUAGGGGGAGGAGCAACGGUAACCAAACUGCCCUAG